AUGUUUGUCCUGACAAAAUUUACAUUGGUGAAAUUUUUGUUUUUCCGGACCUUUUGUGAACGCGUACAUUGCAGUGGAAACUUUUUUAAUAUUUUCUGGUUCAUUUCUCCACCGCUGUUUUAUUUCUGGCUUAUUUCUGAAUUUUUGAUUAUUCUCAUAAUUUACGCGUUCAGGCCCCCCUUUACCCUCUUCGUAGUUUUUAUGGACCAUAUAGACAUCUUCUUCCAACUUAAUUACUUCAUCUAAAAAUUCCAUCAUCGCCUUUAGACUCCAUUCUCUCUCUUUUCGCUUUUUCUUGUAUAUUUCUGUUAAAAAUCUUUUGGGUAACUUAGACUCUAUUUCAAGUAUCAUUUGCUCAUGCUCUAUAUUUUCUCCUAA